AUGGCUGAUAUAUCGAGAACCCUCCCGUUGACUCGAGACUCAGUCAUUGAAGCUCACAAGCUCAUCAGGCCAUAUGUCCACUAUACACCAGUUCUGACCAACCGGACUAUCACAGAGUUGGCCUCAAAGCCUCGUACAGCGGAGGAUCUUGAGGGAACUCGCUAUGCUGGUAGGACUCCGGCACGACCAGUGCUGAGACUAUGGUUUAAAUGCGAGAAUAUGCAACGCAUUGGGGCUUUCAAGGCGAGAGGUGCUUUUCACGCAGUUGAGAGGCUGAAGCAAGAGCCUGGAUGGUUAGAGGGAGGGGGAAAAGAGAAGGGCGUUGUGACACAUAGUUCUGGAAACCAUGCUCAAGCAUUAGCUCUUGCUGCUCGUGAGAGUGGCAUCAAAGCCCAUAUUGUCAUGCCAGAGAUCUCCAACCCUAAGAAGAUCGCCGGAACAAAAGGUUACGGUGCUCGCGUCAUCUUCAGCGGCAGCACAUCAACAGAGCGCGAGGCCAUGGCAGCAAAGGUUAUUGCCGAGACGGGGGCACGUCUGGUGCCGCCUUACGACCACCCGGAUAUUAUGCUCGGCCAAGGAACUAUGGGGUUGGAGUUUCAGCAGCAAGUCGCUGUGCUGAUGACUGAUGAGACUGUGGUUAACGGCCAGAGGAAGUUCAGGGCGCCUAUUACUGGACGGGACAAUGCAGCGCUGGGGGCCAAGAAGGAGAAGUCAGGGUUGGACGCCAUCAUGACGCCGCUCGGUGGCGGUGGUAUGCUCUCCGGUGUUGCCCUCAGCUGUGAGGGGACCGGAAUUCGAGUCUUUGGCUCAGAGCCAUCCUUCGAUGGCGCUGACGAUGGCAAGCGAGGAUACGAGUCGGGCUCGAGAAUCACAUCGGUGAAGUCUCUCACCGUGGCCGACGGACUGCGUACUCCAGUAGGCGAGCAUCCCUGGUCAGUCAUCUACGGGCGUCGUCUGGUGUCGGGCAUCUACAGUGUAACGGACGAUGAGAUCCUGUCGGCUAUGAAGUUGGUGUUUGAGCGGUUCAAGUUGGUUGUUGAGCCGAGUGCCUGUGUUCCGCUGGCGGUGGCACUGUACGAUGAAGAUUUUAGAUCAAUGGUGGAGAAAGAGGCUGGUGAAGAUGGUUGGGAUCUUGGGUUGGUGUUAAGUGGUGGUAAUGUUGGUCUUGAUGCUGUUGGUAAGCUCUUUGCAGAUAGUACAUAG